AUGUUAGCAUUUAAAUUUCAAGAAAAUAAACGUGGGUGCGCCCACCAAGUUUCGCGCAGUGCACUGACCACCGACUCUCCAACAACGUGUUGGAUUCGCUCUCGCGGUCGCCGCUCCGCUCGCCGCUCCGCUCGCCGCAAACCGCUCCCGAGAAAAACGCAAAACGCGAGUGGCUGGUUUGCGCCGCAGCUCAGUUGUUCGAGAAACUUUGCACGAGACAAAGCGAAUAUCGCACGCGGCAAGCAGCAAGCAGCAAGCAGCAAGCGGAAUACUCAGAAAUCAGAAAUGGCCACUAACCCGUCGCGGCUCAGUGGCAGCCUGCUGGUGGUGGUGCUAAAAUAGGUCCUAAUAUAGGCCCUGACCACCGAGGAUGUGCAGGCAAAGUGGAAAUCUAGUGGCAGCAGAAGUCGCAGUAGCAGUUCCAGCUCUAGCAGAAGGACCUUUU